CUUUUUUUUCUAUUGGUAUAUUUGUAAAGUAUAAGAACAGCAUUACAAGAACUGGGGUUUGUCUGAUCUGAAGAAAUUCAACACGGUUCUGAUCUGGUCAAGGCGUCGAUUGAGAUACUGAAAUGGGUGGUGAGGUUUCCAAGUUAUGUACACUCUGUUGCGUGUCAGAGCCAGCAGAAUCAAAUCGUGGAGUCGCAUCCUUAGGUGACGAGAAUGAUCUGCCUCAGUUUCGUGAAUUCUCGAUCGAGACGCUAAGGAACGCUACGUCAGGUUUUGCUACAGAGAACAUAGUAUCAGAGCACGGAGAGAAAGCUCCUAACGUUGUGUACAAAGGGAAACUCGAUAACCAAAGACGUAUUGCUGUCAAGCGGUUUAACAGGAAAGCUUGGCCUGAUUCUCGUCAGUUCCUGGAGGAAGCUAAAGCUGUUGGGCAGUUAAGGAACUAUAGGAUGGCAAAUCUGCUUGGAUGUUGCUAUGAAGGUGAAGAGAGACUUCUUGUUGCUGAGUUUAUGCCCAACGAGACUUUGGCUAAGCAUCUUUUCCACUGGGAGUCACAACCGAUGAAGUGGGCUAUGCGACUAAGAGUCGCUUUACAUAUUGCUCAAGCUUUGGAGUACUGUACCGGCAAAGGGCGUGCACUCUACCAUGACCUUAAUGCUUAUAGAGUUCUCUUUGAUGAUGACUCGAAUCCAAGGCUUUCUUGCUUUGGUCUGAUGAAAAACAGUAGAGAUGGAAAGAGUUAUAGUACCAACCUUGCUUUCACUCCUCCCGAGUAUCUCAGAACAGGUCGCGUGACACCAGAAAGUGUGAUGUACAGUUAUGGAACUCUGUUGCUUGAUCUUCUUAGUGGAAAACACAUUCCUCCUAGCCAUGCGCUUGACCUCAUACGGGACAAGAACAUUCAAAUGUUGAUCGAUUCAUGCUUGGAGGGUCAAUUUUCAAGUGAUGACGGGACUGAACUAAUACGGUUAGCGUCUAGAUGCUUGCAGUAUGAGCCUCGUGAACGGCCUAACCCAAAAUCUCUAGUCACUGCAAUGAUUCCUCUGCAGAAGGAUCUUGAGACUCCUUCACAUCAACUGAUGGGCAUACCAAGCAGUGCCUCAACAACGCCUCUUUCACCACUUGGAGAAGCAUGCCUAAGAACAGAUCUAACUGCCGUACAUGAGAUUAUUGAGAAACUUGGAUAUAAAGAUGAUGAGGGAGCAGCCACAGAGCUAUCGUUCCAGAUGUGGACCAACCAGAUGCAGGAUUCGCUGAACUUCAAGAAAAAGGGUGAUGUUGCUUUCCGGCAUAAAGACUUUGCAAAUGCUGCUGAAUGCUAUUCUCAGUUUAUAGAGGGUGGGACAAUGGUUUCACCAACUCUUUAUGCAAGGAGAAGUCUGUGUCACCUGAUGAAUGAUAUGCCCCAAGAGGCAUUGAAUGAUGCAAUGCAAGCCCAAGUGAUAUCUCCUGCUUGGCAUAUCGCAUCUUAUCUUCAAGCUGUAGCUCUUUCAACUCUAGGGCAAGAGAACGAAGCUCAUGCUGCUCUUAAAGACGGAUCAAUGCUGGAAAGCAAAAGAAACGCUCUAUGAUGAUGGUAACAAAAGCACCAAGAGGAAAGCAAAAUAGCAAACAGAGGGAUUGUUUAUCUUCUGACAUUGACCGAAACACCCCCAUAGGCUUUGCAGCAUAAGAUCAAAACCCACCAUCACCUUCAUAAGUAGAUAGGAGCGCUAUCACACAGCUCUGUGUGCAUCCUCAUCACUGGUCAGUUUCUGGUUUCGCCUCUCGUAGUUCUUCUUCCUUUCUUUUUCUCUUCUAAAUACUGGAUGAUGCAUUCAUUUGGUUUUGUACGGCAAAUUGGACUCUUGUUGUGUGUUUCGGUUACUGGCAUAUGAUCAUUUCCUUAUUAUACAGAAGAUAAAGUUGCAUACUUUAAAUCUUUGAUGGAGAUUGGGAAUGUGUGUGAUUGCGGAUUUGCUUUGAUGGGUUCCAUUAUUUGUAAUCAGUGUUUUAUGUAUAGAGAGCACUUUGUAUUUCGACUUGAUGAUCUUUUGAAUUUUGCA